CGUACUCAAUGGCCGAUUUGUUCAUCCGUAAAUGUGGAAAGUUUUCCGGUGAAAAAUUCGGCUAGUGAUUAUGUAAGCACGAGACUAGCCCUUCUCGAGGGACUAGACAUUUUCGAGAAGAGACAUUCGAGACUUUUCCUGUGCGGACAAAACCAGAGACAAAGCCAGAGACAAAGUCAUCGACAACGCCAUAGACGAGGACAGACGGCGAGACUCAGUGCUUGGACCAGGUGACUUGUUGUUCGGUGUGCUUGGACUCUUGCUCGUGUGUGUGUGUUACUUGCUCGCUGAACUUGCCUAAUAUGUUACGUUUCUGCUCCAAGAGAUGGUACACGACAGUAUCGUCCGAUGAGGUAUCAACUCUUCUAAGGAACCUCUCAAACAAGCCGACAAUGGAGACUGCCAGGAGAUUUGAGUCUCUGGUUGAGCAAUUGGAUGAUGUCUCUGAGAGAUCAAGGCUCUGUGAUCAGGUGCUGGGUAAGCUGCGACCAACUACAAAGGAUUCAAUGCUCAUCACAACAUUGAACCACUUGCGAGUGGAGGACACGAGUCUGGCGAGCAUUUUGAAUCUACUGCACAUAAUGACUACACUGGGCCAAUCCAACGUGAAGAACUUGAAGGAGGCUAAGUAUAUCACUCAGUUUCUGUCAAAGUACUGUGAUUCCAAUAUCAAUUUGGUUCGUACAUUGGAGAGACUUGUUGAUGAAUCGCUAACACCUUUGAGUGCGAAUACCUUGAUAAUAAUGUAUAUAAGGACAGGCGAUCUGUCAAAGGCAUUGAAGUUCCUGCUAAGGAUAUCACAGCAGAAUCUAAGGAUACGAGACUCGACCGUGGAGAUGUUGAUGAUGCACUGUUCAUAUAAGGGUGAUUUCCACUCUGUUCGUAUCGUUAAAGAGAUUGCCGACUUCUUCAAGUACGAAAUCUAUCCACGGACUUGGUCAGUGGUGUACUCCUGUGCCAUCGAACAAGGUGAGAUAGCGUAUUGUCGAGAACGGCUAGGCCAUAUGCUGUGCUAUACUUUCAUAGAGAAUGGAACCAUAGUGGCUUUAGCUGAGCUUCUGGAACGCCAUGCUUCAAUAGGCGAAAUGGGUUCCAUACUGAAAACAGCAAGAAUGAAAUCUUCACUGACACCUGAACUUCAUGGAAGAUUAAGAAGAACGAUGGUUGAAUCGUUUGCCUUGAGAGAUGGAUUCAGAAAUAGCUGGAAGUUCCUAUCUCAGAGUCACGAAAAGGGUAUGUUGGAAGUCAUAGACUAUCCAAACCUUUUGAACAAAUUUCAACUGACUUUGAGAGAAGGCCAAGCUGAUGCUCUGUUGAUAAAGAUGCAGUCAAAUGACCCCGUGGAGGUGAAAUGCUUCUAUCUUUCAUUGGCAAUUGCAAAGAGCGUUGAAGUGGAUAGAUUGGAAAAUAUCAUAACAAUCUUGAUAACCAACCCAAGGCUCAAGAGACACCUGAACGAAGAAUCAAUAUGGCAGCUAAUAUGUGGCUUAAAGAAAUCUGGCGAUAACCAUCAACUGGAUAUGGUGUUGACUUUAUUGCUAUCUUCACACUUAAAACUUUGGAAGCCGAAAACUGUGAAUCAAUUGCUCAAACUGGUAUUAGAAUCACAGUAUUGGUUCAAAGCCUUUGAAGUGAUAAAGAUAAUACGAAUUCCAAAUUACAAAUUUGAUGAACAGGUUGCUUCAAAGAUCAAGUCACUCUGUCUCGAUAACAACUUGGACCUCAAGACGAUUGAGAUGUACAUGUAAAUAGUUUUAUUCAUCGUGAGUAUUAUACCGUGGAA